AUGUCAGCCAGUAUCCCUGGAAGCUCAAUGGCUGCUGGCAGUAAUCGUCGACUUCAGCAGACUCAACAUCAAGUAGAUGAGGUUGUUGACAUCAUGAGAGUGAAUGUGGACAAGGUAUUGGAGCGAGAUCAGAAGCUAUUAGAGCUGGACGACCGUGCUGAUGCACUGCAAGCAGGAGCUUCCCAAUUUGAGACCAGUGCAGCUAAGCUGAAAAGGAAGUAUUGGUGGAAGAACUGUAAGAUGUGGGCAAUAUUGAUAGCUGUUGUUGUCAUUAUCAUCAUCAUCAUCAUCAUCGUCUUGACUUCUUCAUGAGUUACAGGAAGAAACUCAGAUCAACUGAAGGUGCCUCUGAAUCUUCAGCCUCUCCACUUCAAACCUGCUGCAUUUUCAGUCCAUUUACUGCUGUUUAAAGCAAAACUAUUUUCAUUACUGAAAUGUUAACUAACUUAA